UCCAGCUCCAAAGAACAUCUCUGAGGAUUUGCGCACUAGCACCGGUGAAAAUGUUGCCAAUAGUGAUCUGGAUCUCACUGGUGGGAUUUACCAUCAGCAGACCGUCUCUCAAUUACCUGGAAAACCACUCGGCGGUGGAAAACGAGUCUGGAGAAGUGCGUACAGAGGCGAUCAAGAGGCUUUUGGAAGUGUUUGGGAUGGAUGAUCCUCCCGCAGCUCUGUCUCGGGGACACAAACAGCCACCGCAGUAUAUGUUGGACCUGUACAACACCAUAGCUGAUGUGAAUGGGGUCACCAAAGAUCCAUCUCUCCUGGAAGGAAACACAGUCCGCAGUUUCUUCGAUAAACUGCACAGCGACCUUGUCGAGUUUCGCUUCAACCUGUCCACAGUUGCAAGGAGUGAGAAGGUCCUCACAGCUGAACUUCAUCUGUUCAAGCUCAGACCUCAAGCAUCGCUCACCUUUAACAGACAUCACUUCUGUCAGGUCAAUGUUUACCAGGUUCUUGAUAGCAGCAAGAUGAACAUCUCUCAAGGGAGAAAGCUGCUUUCUUCUAGACUGAUUCCUGUUCACUCCAGUGGCUGGGAGGUUUUUACCAUCACACAAGCUGUGAGGUCCUGGAUGUCCGAUGAGGGCAGUAAUCUUGGUCUCCUGGUCACGGUGAGAACUCUUGCAGGCCUUCAGAUGGACCUGAAAACUGUACGUUUUGCAUCAGGCCAGAAUCACCACCACAGUAAGCAGCCCAUGCUGGUUCUCUUUACUGAUGAUGGCAGACGGGCUGCAUCUCUGGAGGGCGCUCCUAAAGGUUCAGAGAUAUCUACUGCCGGAUCCAGUCUUCCAUUCCCCAACCCUCAUAUUCCAUCACCCGCCCGUCGCAUCGCUCGCUCCACAGAUUACGAUGAGAACGGUGAGAAGAUGUCUUGUCAACGGCUGCCUCUCUAUGUGGACUUUGAGGAGAUCGGCUGGUCUGGAUGGAUCGUUUCUCCACGUGGCUACAACGCGUACCAUUGCAAAGGUUCCUGCCCGUUCCCGCUGGGACAAAAUAUGAGGCCCACAAACCACGCCACAGUGCAGUCUAUCAUCAACGCUCUAAAGUUAACCAAAGGCAUCGAGACCCCGUGCUGUGUACCAGACAAACUGUACAGCAUUAACCUGUUGUACUUUGACGAUGAUGAGAACGUUGUUUUAAAGCAGUAUGAUGAUAUGGUAGCGGGCAGCUGUGGGUGCCAUUGA